GGGGCAGCAUCCGCCUCGGCCUAAAUGUCUGGUGAACAAUUAGUGCUUGUGCCGAGGCCGGGUCGCAACCAUGUUGCUAUUUAUGUUGUUGGCUUUUAGUGUGCUUGGUGCCCAGGGAAAUGAUUAUAAGUCGCACUUCGAGGGCGAGGCUUGGGAAGAUGUGUUCGCGGCCGGCGGUAUGCAUAUUGGCCACGGCCGCCACAAGCGCUUCGUGGAGCUCAGUGACAAUCAGAAAAAUAUACCGUACCAAGCGUGCACGUUGCCUGGCGGCAGCGGCAAAGGCGGCCACUGUCGGCAUCUGCACCACUGCGUGAUGGAGGAGUUUAAAGCGGACUUCACCCUGUUCAUGGACUACCUGUGCAUCAUCCAACGGACGUCUAUCGGUGUGUGCUGCCCGGACUCCCUGAACCAGGACCAGAUCGAAGGCUUGGCCGGGGACCUGCCCGCGUCAGCGCCAAUUGAGGAGGCCAACGACGCUAUCCUUAAGAUCACGAAGGCGGAGAACCGAGGAUGCGGUCUCAGCACCCGGUCCGCUGGUCGCAUGGUGGGCGCGCGGCCGGCCAACCCCCGCGAGUGGCCGUGGAUGGCGUCCAUCACUCCUGAAGGCUUCGAACAGUACUGCGGAGGAGUGCUCAUCACCGACCGCCACGUGCUCACAGCUGCACACUGCAUAAGAAGAUGGAAAGCCGACGAGCUAUUCGUCCGCCUCGGCGAAUACGACUUCCAGCGGAACAACGACUCCCGCUCCUACAACUUCCGCGUAGUUGAGGUCCGGCAACACGAAGACUUUGAUCACACUAACUACCACAACGAUGUCGCCAUACUGAAGUUGCAUAGGCCUACUGUGUUCAAUACUUAUGUUUGGCCGAUCUGCCUUCCUCCAGUAGGACUGUCUGCGAUCAACCAGAGUGCUAUUAUUAUUGGUUGGGGAACUCAGUCGUACGGCGGGCCGCACAGCAACGUACUGAUGGAGGUGUCGGUGCCGAUCUGGGAGCACUCGCGCUGUGUGAACUCCUUCACUGAUUCCAUCUUUGAGGAGAACAUCUGUGCGGGCGGCUAUGACGGCGGGAAGGACGCUUGUCAGGGUGACAGCGGCGGCCCGCUAAUGUACCAGUUGUCCAGCGGGCGCUGGGCGGUCAUCGGCGUCGUUUCCUGGGGCAUACGCUGCGGCGAACCCAAUCAUCCCGGCGUGUACGCUCGCGUCGACAAGUACUUGAGGUGGAUCGUCGACAACGCAAGGUUUUAGUUCUAACUCGACGGUGUUCGUGUAGUAGACAUUUCAGGGGCAUUAAAAUACAUUUUUGUAGUUUUACGAUAAAUUUUGAAGGUGAAAAUAAAUAAUAAAGAAAAA